AUGCUCCAUGAUCUCUCGCCAACGAUUGAAGGCAAACUCAAAAGGGAAUGGACAGGAACGCAGCACAAUGCUCACGGCUCCGCACAGUCGGAGCUGGAGUCAGAAACUUGGACGCCGGAGGCAGAGAGACGGGAGCGGCAAUCGGAAAAAGAGGCGCCGCAAGCUCACACCAAGCCAGGCGAUUAUGGACAGACUCGUUCAGUGGAGGCGUGCGCUACCUGUGGAGGAGCAAAGGCGGAGCAGGAACUCACGGGAGGCCACGCUCGACGGCGAGCGCCCUCACAGCGCAGCCUUCGUCGAGGCCGCUCCGACGCGGGCCAGCCCCAGCGGGGAGACGGCCUCGGAGAGCUGACCCUGACGGGGGGAAACCUCGGCGGCGACGACAGGGGCGAAUAA